AUAUAUCUUUUAGGGCAAAUAGAUAUCUUUCUAUAUAGGGUGCAAAAUAACGAAUUAUAGAUAUACCCUUAUAUGUUAAUGUACUCUUUAUAAACCAAAAACGUGAAACUCGUCAAAAGAACAAGAGACGAUAAGAUAUGGAUGCUGGAUCAUCAUCAUCAUCAAGUGCUUCUGGACCACAACAAGAGAAGCGUUCACGACAGAGGAGGACGAAGGGGAUCGAUUACGAGAGUAGCGUUGCGAAUUUGUCGAGAGAAGGCAGAGAGACUUUGAUGGUUGUGAAUCGUAGAAAACAAUUGAACACAAUCCCAGGUACUUCAUGUUCUGUGUUCGAUCAUUCGUGUCCUCGAUACAGGUGGCUUCACCCUGGUUGGAUAGUUGAGGAACGUAUCAUGCCUAGCGAUCGGCUCUACCGGUACUAUUACGACCCACUGGGGCAAUUGUACAAUUCUCGGGGACAAGUGACUCAGAUGUUGGCAGAUACUGAGAAGACUCGCGCACUUGUCAUCUACGACAAGUAGUCUUCUUCGUCGAUCUAAUGAGUUGUGCAAUGAUGGAUUAAUGGUCAUACCCUCUAUAUAAAUUAAAUGGCCAAGCAAUUCAAA